CAGGCAGAAGAGUAUUUUACUUCCGGUUUUGUCGGCGAGCACGAACAUCAUCGAAAAUGGAAUUUGCUAUGAGCUUGGUCCCCGAGAGUAUUAAGUCACUCCCUGUGUACAUGGAUUUUGAUGGACAGCGUCGGGCAGAGAAAACAUUCCAGAUCAUCAUUGUACUGUUUGGGGCUGUUGGGUUUGUGUGGGGGUACAUCUGCCAGCAGUUCUCACAGACGAUGUACAUUCUCCUGGCUGGAUUUGCCCUGUCCUGCCUUCUCACCCUGCCCCCCUGGCCUAUGUACCGACGUAAGCCCCUCCAGUGGCAGAAGCCCCGCCCCAAGGCUGAUGGGGAUGGUGCCAACACACAACAAAAAUCAAAGAAGAAGAAUAAGUAAAUUCCAAAUGGCGAGAUUGUGUCAUUUCUUCGUAUUUGUGAAUGUGUGCUUUGUCAAUGUACCUCUUUUGAAUGUGGAUGAAAGGUUCUCGGAUGCCUCAUUAAAUAUUGUUUCGUUA